AUGGUACAACACCACUCUGGUGGUCUGCAUCUAGAGGGAAUGAUGAUUGUUAGUCAGCUGCUUGCAAUGCCUGGCAUUGAUGCUAAUGCCGUCAACAAUAAUGGUACAACACCACUCUGGCGCACAGCAUCGAGAGGAGACGAGCUAGUUGUUAGCCAGUUGCUUGCUGUUCCUGAUAUUGAUGUUAAUGUAGCCGAUAAAAAUCAUUUGACACCACUCUGGAGGGCUGUCUUGCGAGGACAUAAGGGAGUCGUGGGCCAGCUACUUUCUGUUCCUGGCGUUGACGUUAAUAUAGCCAACCGUGAUGGCCAGACACCGCUCUGGAGGACUGCAUUUGGAAGGCAUGACACGAUUGUUAGCCAGCACUCGAGGAUUCUCGUCUUGACUCAAAUCUUUCGUUUCGAAAUGGGCAACCUAGCGAAAAUUGACUUGCUCCAGGCUGAGGUCGACGAGAACGACCAAAGCUUUUUCCGUCUUCUGGUUGACGGUCGGACCGUCAAAUACAUUACCGUUGAACCUAGCAUCUAUAGCGCCGAGGAUAUUUGCUUCGGUCCUUCGCUCGUUUCUAUCUUGCCCGAAAUUCCCCCGGGGGCUGGAACGAUGGUUUAG